AUGGCUUGCAAGACACCACGCCAAUAUCCUGGUCUUGCGGAUGGUGGUCCGCUGGAGAAGGCAUCACUGAUGCGCCUCCACCGAGAUGUGGACUGGAUUGGCGCUGUGCUCAUCAACGAUUGUCUUGCGCUUCUCUCAUUUGAGCUAGCUCCCCUCGAUCGCUGUGCCCACAGGAGGUCUCAUGAGUGGCAUCGCCCCGCGCUGUUGAGUAACGCGGUAGCAGAAAUCCCCACCGUCAGCCAAUUGUGUCCGAAACACGCCGCUCAGCUCGAGGCCCAAUCCAAAGCCAACCGCCUGGCUACCACCCAUGGCUGCGAAGGCAAUACUGCGGCAACGCGGGCUGCUAUUAGCAGGGAAGACGUGAAGCCGUGA